AUGGGUGCUCCAAAGCAGAAGUGGACACAGGAAGAAGAAGCAGCGCUUAAAGCUGGAGUACUUAAGCAUGGAACUGGGAAGUGGCGUACAAUACUCUCGGAUCCUGAGUUUAAUUUAGUUCUUAAGUCUCGCUCAAAUGUUGAUCUCAAGGACAAGUGGAGAAAUAUCAGCGUGACAGCGUUAUGGGGCUCAAGGAAGAAGGCGAAACUUGCACUUAAAAGGACACUAACGGCUCCUAAACAUGACGAUGACAACACUGCAGCAGCUCUUAGCAUUGUGGCAAAUGACGAAGAACGGGCAAAUGCAACAUCACCUGGAGGUUCCGGUGGUGGAUCGCCAAAAACUUCUGGUUCAAAGAGAUCAGUUACAAGUCUGGAUAAGAUCAUCAUGGAGGCAAUUACAAACUUGAAGGAACCACGCGGUUCCGACAGAACAUCGAUCUUUCUGUAUAUAGAGGAGAAUUUCAAGACUCCGCCGAAUAUGAAAAGACAUGUGGCAGUAAGAUUAAGGCAUCUAUCAUCAAAUGGACCAUUAGUUAAGAUGAAGCACAAGUACAGGUUUUCUACUUAUUUUGGUAGCGUAGGAGCAAGACAGAAGUCUUCUCAACUCUUUUUGGAAGGAAAGAACAAAAAAGACCCAGCAAAACCAGAGGAGAAGGGCGCCAACAUUCCCACCAAGUCCCGAGCAGACGGAGAGUUAUUAAUGAUAGAAGGCAUGACAUCUCAAGAAGCUGCAAAAGCUGCUGCAAGAGCAGUUGCAGAGGCAGAAUUUGCUAUCUCAGAGGCUGAAGAAGCAGCAAAAGAGGCAGACAGAGCAGAAGCCGAAGCUGAAGCUUCUCAGAUAUUCGCAAAGGCAGCAGUGAGAGCUUUGAAGUUCAGGAUCCGUAAUCAUACUUGGUAA